UACAGCCGGGAACUACAAUAACCAAGUACUGGAUUAUGACGGAGGAAGAAGGGGCUCUAGGAUGUGGCAGUGGAUCUCCUAAACCAGUGGGUGCCAAACCGGAAAACCAAACCACACCAUUCAUUUUGAUAAAACGGUGACAUCCCUGAGGACAGGUGGCCUCUCGGCUGGGAGACUAGAGAAGACCCCAGGACUGAUACCAGCAUUAUGGAAAUUCGGGGAUUGGCAUUCUUGCCUUGUUUUUGGGUGACUUGGACACUAGUAGGGCUUUUUGUUGCUUAUGCCGUGACCGUCGCUGAAGGCCACGCUCCAACGUACUUACUGUAUAUCAGUGAAACAGGAUCCUAUUUCCCAGAGUCUGCUGUAUUUACUGCCGUCUUUAUGCUGUCGUCCAUUCUUGGAGCUGCCACCGUAUGUGUAGAAUACAAGUUCCUUGACAUCCGGUCUGCAGCCAUUGGGAUUCAUUGUGCCAUGUCCCAGAGGGUAUUACUUGUGGUGGGACUAUCCUCGUGUAUCGGGACAUUCACUGUGGCUGCGUUUCAGGUAGAAGCGUUUCCCGUGAUCCAUAGGACGGGAGCAGUGAUGUCCUUAGGAUUAGGCAGCUUAUACAACUUGUGCCAAUCAAAAUCCUUGUAUCGGAUGUCACUCAGCGAUCCAUACGUGUGCCAUAUAAGAAUGACUUUAUCCCUUAUGAUGGCCGCCUCUCUUAUCACGUUUCUCCUCUUUAAAAUACCACUUAUAUACCAGCUGUGUAACGGGAGGUGUGAGGAGAUCUGUCAUACGUCUGCGGUGACAUCUGAAUGGCUCUCUGUGCUGACAUUUAUGCUGCAUUAUCUCACGUAUUAUACAGAUUUCCAGCAUCUGUGUAUAUUAUGGAGGUGCGACAAAUCUGAUUGUGGACUAAAAAUCUAUAUCUUCAAGCAAGAAAAAAAGAAUAUGCUGCAGUGUUCUGUGAACCUCUAAGAUCGUAUCACACGUGACAUAUUAUGAUACACUGGCUCAAUUCAAACUUUUUUCAGGAAUGCUGCUGCUUGCUGUCAGUGACUAGAGACAAUAAAGGUUUAUAUAUAGAAGCUGCACCACACACACAAAUAUCAAUACAUUUUAUAUACACUGCUCAAAAAAAUAAAGUGAACCCUGCGAUAACACCUCCUAGAUCUGAAUGAACUGAUCGUAUGAAAUACUUUCCUCUUUACAUAGUUGAAUGUGACAACAAAAUCACCAAAAAUUAUCAAUGGAAAUCAAAUGUAUGAACCCAUGGAGGUCUGGAUAUGGAGUCACUCAAAAUCACAGUGGAAAACCCCACUACAGGCUGAUCCAACUUUAUGUAAUGUCCUUAAUACAAGUCCCAAUGAGGCUCAGUAGUGUGUGUGGCCUCCACGUGCCCGUAUGACCUCCCUACAACGCCUGGGCAUGAUCCUGA